UUUCCCAUCUCUAAACUCUGGGCCAUAAUACAUUAAGUUUUGCUGAUAAUUUUCUAAAACUAAAUUGCUUUGGUUCUCCUAUCUCCAAGUAAUUGAUCUUUUGUAGCCGACGCUGAUAAAUGAAAUCCAACUGAAUUUGACGUUGACAUUGAAAAGUAAACGCAAUGCCAACAACUGGCGCAGCUUAAAGUUAAGUGUAGUUGUUGUUGUUGCUGCUGCUAUUAUUAUUGUUGGUGGUGUAGGUGGGCGGAAAUCGGAAGGACGACGAUAAAUUAAACGACAGGAUGCCCUGCGAGAGCUGUGGCGUGGAAUUCACAGUAUUUCGUCGCAAGCGUGCUUGCUUCGAUUGUAGACGCUAUUAUUGUGGUAACUGUAUAGCAGCCAGACGAUGUCAGCGAUGUGCAAUAUUUGCCCAAAGGCCACUCCUACGUACAGACCUAUUGAAGCUGAAACCCAAGGAUCUAAUAUUUUAUUUGCAAUCUAAGCACAUUUCCACUGAAGGCUGUUUGGAAAAAGAGGAACUGGUGGGCCUGGUUCUGGCGCAUGUGGCUCAAGUGGAUAGGAGUGGCGGUGCCGCAUCGGCAAAUAAUCCCCAGAGUCCUGGUCGUGGACAACAUAAUCCCAUUGACAGCCUGAAACAAUCGUGCCAAAAUUUCUUUACUAAUCUAAGUGACAACAUAAGCGAAUCGCUUGCUUCAUUCGAUGCCAAGUCAAAUGCAAAGCCUCCAGAGAAUCCUGGACCAGGAGGCCCCGGUGGCCAGCCAUCACAUAUAUUCGAACAGCCCCGUGUGUCCACACGGGAGAUUCCAACGUAUGCCAGUUCGGUGAAUGAUUCCCAAAGAUGGGCCCAACAACAGCAACCACAACAGCAGCACCAGCAGCAGCCAGUCUCUGUUCAUGUCAGUGCCAAUGGGAGCAGCAGCCAAAGUAGUAAUAGUAAUACUACAGCCACAUCCACUCAGGAAGCAGCAGAGCCAGCAGCAAGAGCGGUAUCCAAUGCAAGCCAACCUGAAGAAGAUGAUUGUGAAUGCUCGGAUGAUGAAAUUAUAGCCACAUUCAGUUCACUAAAAACCGAUCCCAAGCCAACGCCGCCAGCAACGCAAUCGAGUUCAAAUGGUCUGGUACCAGAUCCGAGUCCUGGCUACUCCAAGCAGGGAUCAACAAGCUCCAAAGUGGAUGCCUGCGGAGCUGACAUGUCUUCACAGUCCAGUUUUGAGGAACUUGGAGCAAUUGGCGGCAUAUCCGAUGAGAGUAAGGCUGCCACAGACACAAAUAGCUCACAUUUGGAUCAAUGGCAAGUGGUGGAACAAUCCAUACCCCAAGAGACGCCAACACCCAGUGCCACCGAGGAGAUUCUUGAGGUGACCAUGCGUCAGCGGGGUACUGAAGAGGGCGAAUCCACGCCCAGUCUGAAUAUAGAACAGCGAACUGUGAAUCCGCCAAUGGCACCGCAACGUUCCAAGAAGGUAACACGACGGCGCUCAGAUGGGUAUUUAAAUCGUCGACAUCAUUCCAGUGAUGAUGAAUCCCCCGUGGCUGUCAGUGGCGCCCCGGCCCUCAGUUUGGGACUGUCCACACUUAGUGAACAACCCGAGCCGAGUGGCGGCCACACCCAUCGUCAGUCAUGCCAACGUUGUGGGAAAAAUAAAACCAACAUACGCCGACAUGUCGAACGUAUGCGUCGUCAUCUGGAGAAUUCCCAAAUGUCCGAGGAGGACAUUAAGCAGGAAUUACAAGAAUUCCUCACGUACCUUGAACAGCGUACCAAAUCGGUGGAUGGCUCUGAAUCGGGUAGUCAUGCUGUCUCUCCCUCGAGUGGUGAAAUGGCCGCUGGCGGUAGAUCCUCUGGCAUGCCCAUUACCCCAACGAUAGAGUUCUCACCCACACAAGAUGAUCACGAUACCCAUUGGGACGAUGAUGAGGGCAUACAUGUGUAUGCGGCGCCCUCAGAUUUUGAGCCGGCGGCCUGCAUUGAUCAGCGGUUUGUCAAUCUGGAAGAUUUUGAAGAUUUAAAAGACUUGGAGAACUUAACGGUGAAACAAUUGAAGGAGGUCCUGAUGUUGCAUCGUGUUGACUAUAAAGGUUGCUGUGAGAAACAAGAGCUGCUGGAUCGUGUCGUCAGACUCUGGAAGACUAUGCGUUCGACUCCAGCUGUGGAGAAACUGCCUACGGAUGAGCUUUGCAAAAUCUGCAUGGAUGCCCCCAUUGAGUGUGUAUUCCUGGAGUGCGGUCAUAUGGCUACAUGCACCAGUUGUGGCAAAGUUUUGAACGAGUGCCCCAUUUGCAGACAAUAUAUUGUACGAGUUGUUAGAUUCUUUAGAGCAUAAUCGGCUAGCGAAUGCUCGACUUUUAUUUUCUGUUGUUUUUGUAAAGCAAUUUAAUAAGUGGUAUGUUGUGGACUGGGACAACUAAUUUACGCCCAAUCAAUAUCCGGUGUAUGUGUACAAUAGAGUUAGAAUAGAAACGAUAAUGGGCUCAGCAAGAAUCAAAUAAGAAAUAACAAAACAAAAACAAAUAUUAGCAUCGUUAUUGUUUCUCCCCUUUAUAUAUAUAUAUGUAUAUAAAUAUAUAUAUAUACGUUGUGUAACUUCUAUAAACGUAGACAUUUAAGAAAGGUAACUGAAGAAAACAAAGUACUAUGUUUUAUUAUUUGAUUUGAUUUUACCUAUCGUAUAAUGCAAAAAAGCUUUCAAAGUGUAUUUAUUAUAAUUAUAAUUUUUAUCUAAUAAUACAAUUGAAAUUGUGAAAUAGUUUUGCUAUUUAUUAUUAUUUUCUCUUCUUGUUGUUUGUAUGACAAAUGAUUAAAACCAAAACAAAACCGA